AUGCCAUCCAAUGGAACAGCAGCAGAUGUGCUGGAGAAUCCAGCAGAAUUACUCCGUCAAACUAGACAAAACUUCUCUAUAUCUCAUGAUUUGCAGCUACUUAGUGCUAGUGAAGAAAACCUGAAGCGGAUUUCCCAUCGUACCCAACAAUUGCAAUCAAAAAGCGCACAGGAGCUCUCGUUUCUCCAGAGCCAGCUAAAUGAACGGUCGAAGGCAAUGGAUGCUAUAAGAGCUACACAGGCAUCUGAAUCCCAACACCUGAAUACGUUGAUGCAAUCUCAAGAGCUCAUCACAUUAUCUAAGGAUCUGGAACAGCUGGAGAAUCAAAUCAUAGAGAUCCGUAACGAAUUGGAUCAGGGGAUGUCGCAGCUGCUUCAAUCUUCCGACAUAUCUACUGCAUCGAGUAUUGCAGAUAUAGAGAAAGAAACUCAGAAGGCCUUGCAGAGCCCGGAAGUGCAGACCAACUUGCUAAAGUUGCAACUGUUUUCAUCAUUGGGUGUCUUGCUAGACACGGAACAUAACCAAGCGCUAAUCGAAAGAGGUGAUAACGCAGGCAUCGAUACCAUCACUCUCGAAGAUAGUUCUCUCAGUCCCUAUUUCAGAACUAAGUACGUUUGGGACCGUCUAUAA